GGAAAUUUGUGUUUCAAGUCUCUGAAUUAUAUGUUCGUUGGUUGUUAUAAGAUUUUGUGUUGCGGCAAUAAAAAAUUGUUGUAUUUGACUUUAGCAAAAGAAUGUAGGUUUGUUGAAAGGUUAGCUAGCAGAAUGUGAUAUUAAGUAUAAAUUUAUUUCAACGUCCAGGAGUUGUGUUUCUGUAUCAUUUGGUGUGCUGUAUUUGCUGUUUGAUCAUGGCCUCUACACCCGGCGAUAAAACUGUUAAUAAAGUUGCCUUGUGUUCUGCUAUAUUUGCUGGAUUUGCUUAUGUUGGAUAUUCGGUGGUCAGGACUGCAUUUUGUCGGAGGCUAGGUCGGCGUGAAUAUGAAGGUUAUCCAGAUGAGCACCGGUUGUAUUUUCGCCGUUUGUCCCAGACUACACAAACAGACGUGCUUUUGGGAAACCUAGACAUGACAGGCUCUGGAAAAGUGAUACUACGUCCAAUGACUGUUCAAGAAAGAAUUCGUGAGCUCAAUGUGAGAGCACGAAUGUUCACAGACACCAUGUUGGCUAUCCAGAAUUAUGGAGUUUCUCCCCGGCAUAGUCCACUGCCUGGUCCAAGAAGCUUACAGUGUUCUCCUUGGAGUUCUCCUCGUAUCUUGAGCCCAGUGGAUGUGCGGCACAUCUUGGCGAGCAGAUCUAGUGAGAACUUGUCAGGCCUUGGUUGCCAUGGUGAACUGGUGGGUUCGCCAAUCAGGAGAAGAAUGUGCCGCCAGUCAUUGCGCAGAGUGACUCCAUCCAAAAACCAGCUGAAUCUGGAAGAAUCUCGGCACACCGAGGAGGCUACCAAAAGAGAAGCAGAAAAACUGUUACGGGAAGGAGGAGAGGAGAAACUGCGCAAUUGUUUGGAGACAUUAAGUAUGAAAGAAAGGGUUCUCACCAAACAGGAAGCCAAAAGUUUAGUUGCAUUAUUACAUAGCAACAAUGAUGUGUUAUUAGAACAAACACUAGUGACUAUUGGAAACUAUGGAACCUUUGCUCGGAACCAGGAUAUAUUACGUGAAGCUGGAUGUCUGUACAGGCUCCAGAACAUGCUUACUCAUCCUAAUAUCAGUGUAAGGCUUGCUGCAAUUAAAGCAACAGGAAAUCUGGCCUUGAACCAAGAGAACCAGAAGGAAUUGAAGGAUGCUAUACCAUUAUUGCUGACUUUUAUCAAUGUGGAACAGCCAAAGGAGAGUAUUGUGUUGAGUGCCCUCGUGACUCUGGCAAACAUUGCAGUGUUGUCAGACUGGCAUGAAGAAUUCUAUCCUGCACUGCACUCUCUCUAUAACCUUGUGGACAAUGGCAGUCCUCAGGUGAAGCUACAAGCACUGAAACUGCUUGUAAACCUGUCUUGCAAUGAGGAUAUGGUUCCCAGUCUCUUGGCAGCUCAGGCUCCUCGCAGACUUGUGUAUCUUCUAGACCCACUGUCUAAUGAAGAAAUUCUUUUAAGAGUUGUAACUUUACUUGCAAACUUAACUUCAACAGCAAAGGAGCUCAUGCUAAACCCAAGCAUUGACUUACCGGCAGAAGAUAAGGCAGCCUCGCCUGAAACAAUCAGGUAUGCAGCUAUAUUUGGAGUGAAUAUCCAGGAGAAGAUGCGUAGUAAAGCAUUUGUGUUGAUGAAUCAGCAUAGAUCUGAAGAUGUUCGUGUUCAAGCUCGUAAGAUGUACGAAGCUAUCAAAUCCUGAGAAUGGAAGAAUGAAGUUGUAGAUGUGAAGAGCAAACGCUAUCCUGUUAUAAUAAUCACAAAUCAUUAAAAGAACACUCAUUUACUG